AUGGAUAAGGCAACAGAGAUGUACAUGGAGAAACUGCUUCAGAAGACAACCUAUCUGUCUCACAUCCUUACUAGUCAAGUUGGAGAACUGUUCAGAAGAUUUGAUCAACAGUAUGUCCAGAGCAUGGGGGUCAGUGACAUAGUCCCUGACUUUUGCCACACUGAAGCUUUUGAUACUCCAGAAACAAAAGAGGAAACUCUAGAAACCAAUCCAAAAGAACUGCUGAAUUUGGCAUACAGUAUACUGGGUUCCUACAAUGACACUCUGCAUCACCUUGUGGAUGAAAUGUCCAUCAUGCAAGGAAACACUUCUGCUCUUCUCAUCAAAGCCAGACAGAUUCAGCAAAAAUUUAUAGACCUCAUGUAUGGCGUUAAAUUAAUGCUUAUCGUGAUGGAAGAACAAAAUAAUGCAUUCUUCGCUCCCUGGUCUGGAGAGUCAUCCUUGCAGCUGCACAAUGCAGACGAGCGUACUCUUUAUAUUUAUAACCUGAUACGCUGUGUAUUCAGGGAUGUUCGAAAAAUAAGUACUUUCAUCGAGAUCGUCAAGUACCAAAUGACCAAUCAAAUGAACUGCUAA